UUUGAUCGGAGAGGCCCACCUUUGGAAGAAAUCUGUGAUGUUUCCAUAAAUGCCUGAGAAUCUUCUUCAUAUCAUCUUUCUCUCUGAAUUUCCAUUUUUACUCAGUCAACCAAUGUCUUUGUACCCUUCAACUUCAACCCCAACACGUUUUUGUACAAUGGUGCUCACCCUUCUUCUCUCUGAUUCCCUUGUUGACUUCCAUAUUCCUCUUCAUUAUCUUCAUUUCACAAAACCCAUCUACCCCUUUUCUUCUCAUCUUCGAUUUCCACGGAUUACCCUCUAUUUUCUUCUUCUUCGCCGUCAAUGGCGCGCCGGAAUCACCACCGGCUCUGUUUUUCAUCCAUGCUGUUUCUUGUUUUAAUCUUCUUUUCUGUAGCAGAAGCAGAGCUUGACCUUGCCUCCGACAUGGCGGCGUUGGUGGCGCUUCAGAAGGCCAUGGGUGUUUUGAGCCGGACUCGCUAUUGGAACCUCUCUGAUAAUAAUCCAUGUUCAUGGCUUGGUGUUACUUGCGGCGGCGGGAGGGUUACUGAACUGCGGCUUCCUGGCGUUGGUCUUGUCGGGCAACUUCCGUUAGGGCUGGGAAAUUUGACUCAACUUCAAAUCCUAUCUCUUCGUUCUAACAUGCUUUCAGGUUCUAUUCCCUCUGAUUUUGCAAACCUCCGCUCCCUCCGGAAUCUGUACUUGCAAUGGAAUUCAUUUUCCGGCGAGAUUCCUCCGGUUCUGUUCAGUAUUCGUAGUCUUGUUCGUCUGAAUUUGGCCCACAACAAGUUCGUUGGGCCGGUUCCAUUAGGUUUCAAUAAUCUCACGAACUUACAGGUUCUCAAUUUGGAAGAGAAUCAACUCGAGGGAUUUAUUCCUGAUUUGAACAUUCCCUCACUCAACGCUCUCAAUGUUUCUUUCAAUGGUCUCAACGGCUCAAUCCCUUCUCAAUUUUCCAAUCAACCAGCCAGUGCCUUCAACGGCAACUCCCUCUGCGGGAAGCCACUGAGCCCUUGCGACGGUGGCGAGAAGAAGAAAUUAUCUGCUGGAACAAUCGCCGGUAUUGUCAUUGGAAGUUUGAUUGCAUUUUUUAUCAUUGUUCUGAUUUUGUUCUAUUUGUGUCGAAGGGCGAUUAGGAUUAAUCGGCCGAAUGAUGCUCAGACGACGGCGACAACCUCGGGGAGACUGUCGUCGGAGGUGGAGACUGUGGUGGGAGGAAAUAAAGGAGGCGGGAAUGAGAGGAACUUGGUAUUCUGUAGGAAAGGAGAAAUGGUGUUUGACUUGGAAGAACUGUUGAAAGCUUCAGCAGAGGUGUUGGGGAAAGGGAGUUUUGGGUCUACUUAUAAGGCAGCUUUGGAUGUGGGGAUAACUGUGGUGGUUAAGAGGUUAAGAGAUGUCAAAGUUUCAGAAGAGGAAUUCAAGGAGAAGAUUGAAAGCUUGGGGAUGAUGAAUCAUCAAAACUUAGUUCCUAUUAAGGGUUACUAUUAUGGCAGAGAUGAGAAGCUUCUGCUUUCUGAUCAUAUCUCCAUGGGAAGCUUAUCUGUACAUUUACAUGGCAACAAAGAUCCUAGUAGGACUUCAUUAAAAUGGGAAGCAAGGGCUGGCAUUGCGCUUGCUGCUGCUCAGGGGAUUACGUAUCUACAUUCUCGACGACCUCCAACCUCUCAUGGCAAUAUAAAGUCUUCAAACAUUCUCCUCAACAGGUCCCAUACAGCUUGUGUCUCUGACUUCGGUCUCAUUCAGAUUGCAAGUCCUGCAUCCACUCCAAACCAUGUUGCAACCUACCGUGCCCCUGAAGUCACUGAUCCUCGAAAAGUGUCCCUUAAAGCAGAUGUUUACAGUUUUGGCAUAGUAAUUCUAGAGCUUCUAACAGGGAAGGCUCCGAACUCGGCAAUGUUCAACGACGAUGGCGUAGACCUACCACGAUGGGUGCACUCGAAAGUCGAGGAGAAGAAGACUGCUGAAGUGUUCGACGAGGAGCUGUUAGAAUACAAGAAUGGCUUGGAUGAAAUGGUUCAACUUCUGCAUCUUGCCAUGUUAUGUACAGCGCCACACCCGGAUAGUCGACCUUCAAUGGGGAAGGUGACAAGUCGGAUCAACGAAAUAUAUCAUUUGAUUUUACUUAAAGAUCAAGAGAUGAGCAAUGACAAGUUUUAUGAUGUGGAGAGUAGUGUUUCUCAGCAAUUUUACUCAGCUGAUUCAAUCAUGGUUCCUCUUCCACCUUGAAUCUGGCAAGUUUAUCAAGAAGAAAUGCUGACAGCUUAUUAUAGAACUAGUUUGAACAUAAAAUUCUUGAUUCAUUGAAUUUAUAUCUCUGUUAUAAAUUACCUUGGCUUUGCAUCCAUCAUUUUAAAUUUCACAUUGGAUUGUGGAUUACGAGUAUUCUUUGUUUCUUUGUAAUUGAAAACCAUGUUGUUGGUUGUGUUUCAAAGAUUCACCAAGUCAUUGUUUGUGUAUUGUUGUUAUUGACUUUGGUUGUAUCGAAGAUUAUUCCUUGGCCUACA